ACCACAAGAGCUAAUUGCACAAUUGUCAGUUCCCGACUUUUGCCACUUCUGUGUUGACACUGCGCUGUGGGUUUCCACUGCGGAAUGUAAUUGGAUUACCAAUCGAGCAGCAACCCAGUCCGAGACCUAGUCUCCGGCUCAGUUGCAACGGGAACAUACACGGCGAAGGAGGUGCCACUCCAGAUCGAAAUUCGGGGAAGGAAUAAAGGUUGCAUAAUCUGGACAGAAAAUGAGCAGGCCGAAUCAAUCGAAAAUUAUGUUCAAACGGAAGACGAGCAUGGAUAAUAAGAGUAAUCCCCUCAUCGACUACGAACGCAUCCAGGUCGAGAAGGAGCUGAUGGCACCUGCUCCUCCGCCCCAACCUCCCCCGUUAGUAGUGCCACCAGCAAGUGGGUCCCCCGGAAAACUUCGACUGAAGCUCAGUACGGCUAAGAUAUCCCUUCGUAAAAAUUCACAAAUUCCACAAAAGAACCUUCAGGCUAAUCCCAUACCCGACUCUGUGCGUCGCAAAUCGGCUCCCCAGCUCUUUACAUUUUCCAUAGCUCCCAAGGUCGACCGUAGUUCGGAGAACCCACCUAGUACCGUGCCGAAGAUUCCGGGCUUCGAAUUGAAGAGCUCCAUUCGUCGCUCAAGGACACUGGGUCUGUCCAAUGGCGCGAGAAUGGGAGGUCAAGGGCUGCCCAACGAUGACCUUCAACUUCAGGAUAGUAUCAGUGAGCCCAGCAGCAGCAUAGCUGGCGGAGGUAGUUCCACCUCGCCAGAAUCCAUCCUCGAUAAUGUGCUAAGUGGCGCCUCAUCCGUGUCCGUCCAGAGCAGCAGCAGCAGCUCCCAUGCCAGCAAUGCCACGGUGGCUCAGACCAUGAAAGGCAAGGAGCUACUGCCGAAGAGACUUCUAUCCCUCAAGGCUUCACCAGAGCUCAGAGUUUCCCCGCCCACUCCGGACACCAGCCAACCUAAGCUGGAGAUGCUACCCCGGCUGCUUUUGGAGGCUACUGCCAGGUCAGAAAUCUAUGAUGCUUCUUCCCCCCUUGCCCGGAGUCGUUCCCCGUCGCUGGCCAUUUCUCCGGCGGUGUCUCCGGCUCCCUCACCCUCUCCAAGCAUUACCCUGAGACCCAGUACUCCGCCGGAGAACACAGUCAUCUUCACGGAUGAUCUCAAGUGCGGCAUCUGCCUGGACGUCUACACGGAUCCGAGGACCCUGCACUGUCUUCACUCCUUCUGUCUGCAGUGCUUGGUCAGCGAGAACUUCAAGGACGAGAAUACCUGGGACCAGGAGCCGCCUCGCAGUGAGGACCCUUCCUGUUACAGCCUGAAGUCCGACAUGGGCGGGUCGAGUGCAGAACUUACUGCCACGGUGUCACCUGCCAGACAGAGGGGUUCGAGCUUCAGUUUGGGCCGGAAGAAGUCCAUGGGUCCCCUGGAGAUCAGGUCAAGAAGUGAAGGAAAGAGGUCGACGAGCUCCUUCAGCACCCGGAUGACGGGAAGCUCGGUACAUGAAGUGUCCAAACGAAGCAUCCGGUGUCAGAUCUGCAACUACCCCACGGACUUGCCACUCGGAGGAGUCCGACAGUUGCCUCAGAACUAUCUGUUGGUAAGACGCAUAGAAGCACUGCGAUUCCAAGCCAAUGAAGAUGUCAUAUCGAGGUUCUGGUGCUCCCUGUGCACGGAGGAGAUUAGCGCUACCUAUCACUGCAUCAGCUGCACUUUGAACCUUUGUACCCUUUGCAAGGAGGCCCAUGAACGGCAGCGAACCACUGCCAACCAUCGGCUGAGGAGUAUCCUGGAGCUGCGACGGGCUAGAAAACAGAAGCAACAGCAACUGGGACUGGGGGACAGUAGCAAAAUGGUGCUCCGCUGUGGCAUUCACACGAAUUUCGAGCUGAAAGCCUUUUGCACCCACUGCCGGCAACUGGCCUGCACAGACUGCUUGGUCCUUCUCCACAAGGGUCACAGGCAUGAGACCAUCACCCGGGCCAUCGGACAUCAGGGCAAGUUGCUGAGAGAGGCCACCGACCAAACGCGUCCUCUGUGCCAGUAUGCGGAGCACUCCAUUGAACGGCUGAACGAGAUCGCCCGCGGCAUCAACGCCAGAUGCGAUGACAUCCAGCACCAGGUGGAACAGUACUUGAAGAGCUACUUUGAUGCCUUGGAAGUGCAUCGGAAGACUCUGCUCCAGCAGAUCAGCAGGGCCAGGGAGUCCAAAGUGGAGGUUAUAAUCAAGCAGCAACUGGACCUAGAAAAACGCACCCAAAUGGCCAUGGAUGCAAUGCGGUUCAGUCAAGAGCUCUUAGAGAUCGGUGCCGAUGUGGAGAUCCUUAACUUUGUGGGUAUACUCCUCAGUCGGCUGGAGUACUGUCAGCAAUUUAAGCCUCCCGUGGAUCCCAAGAUCUCCGAUUCCCUUCAUUUUCUAUCCAAGAUCCGAGCUCCCGCCACCAAGGACCAGCGCGACAUUCCUCUGUACGGAAUAAUCACCAUGCAGGUUGUGGAGCCGGGUCUAUGUACUUUGGAAUGGGAGGGCUUCUACCAGCUACGCCUCCACAAGAAGGCCGAUCUCCUGCUGCACUCGAGAGACUCCGAUGGAGUGUCCCUGUGCCACGGAGGACUGGAGAUUAAUUGCAUGAUCAAAUACAAAGACUGCGCCUCAAAGUUCCUGCCCGUCGAGGUGUCAGACAAUCGAGAUGGCACCUAUAAUAUCCACUUCACCCCAGACGCCCAAGGCGCCAUCAUCCUGACAAUUACCAUAAACGAUAGACCCAUCAGAGGAAGUCCAUUUACGUUCCAGGCGCGACAGGUUCGUCCCCACACGGGCAUCUAUCACUGUUGCUCCUUCUGCUCCGGAAAGGGAAACCGGACUGUGAAGUGUUCGUGCGAGGGCCGGAUGCCCGGGUACAGUGGCUGCGGUCAUGGGCACACAGGACACCCCGGGCGACGGCAUUGGUCCUGCUGUGGCAAUGUGCUUGAGAACUCGGAGUGCAAUGUGGCCAACAAGCUGCUAAAUGCCUAGGGAUAGAGCGCUGCAAAAUGCGAGCAAUAAAAGAAACCCAAAAGAUUCGACUGCCCGGGAGUUCCAAACUCGGACCUCUACCUGGGCAUAUGGUCAGCACAUGCGCAGCAGACAAUAACCUUGAAGGGACCAAUUGAAAGGACACAUUAACUGUACCAUAUACAACAUUUGAACAUAAUUUGUGUUUAUUCAUUGAAAAUUUAAAUCAUAAAUACAAACAUGAAUGGGGAGA